AUGGGCGCCAUCUCCGCAGUCUUUCUCAUCCUCAUCACCAUCCUUGUCCCGCCCGUCGGUGUAUACGCCGUCGCUGGCUGUGGAAUGGAUCUCCUCGUCAACAUCUGCUUGACGAUCUUGGGAUACAUUCCCGGCCACAUCCACGCCUUCUAUCUCGAAUACGUGUACUACGAUCGCAAGGAACAGGCACGGGAGGGCCGCAUCAUCACUGGUCGCGCGCCAGGUGUUUACAGCGACAACGUGCAGAGCGGUGGCCACGGUUACGGAACUAUUGCCCAGGGCACGGCGUAG